UAGGACAUUUGCCGUCAGAGUUCCACUCCAGGACGAAACGUGCCCAUCUGGACACCAUGUCUGUGCGCUUCUCUCCUGCCUCCAGGCGCCUUGGUUCUUGCGGGGGCACAGGCUCCGUCAGGCUCUCUAGUGGAGGAGGAGGAGGCUUUGGGGCUGGAAAUGCAUGUGGUGUGCCAGGCAUUGGAAGCAGCUUCUCUUGUGCUUUUGGGGGCAGCUCAUCUGCAGGAGCCUAUAGUGGGGGUCUAGGCGGGGGGAGUGCUUCCUGUGCUGCUUUCAGCGGGAAUGAGCAUGGCCUCCUUUCUGGCAAUGAGAAAGUGACGAUGCAGAAUCUCAAUGACCGCUUGGCCUCCUACCUGGAAAAUGUGCGAGCUCUAGAGGAAGCCAAUGCUGACCUGGAGCAGAAGAUCAAGGGCUGGUAUGAGAAAUUUGGGCCUGGUUCCUGCCGUGGUCUUGACCAUGAUUACAGCAGAUACUUCCCAAUCAUUGACGACCUUAAGAACCAGAUAAUUUCUGCAACUACAAGCAAUGCCAAUGUGGUUCUUCAAAAUGAUAAUGCAAGACUCACAGCUGAUGACUUCAGGCUAAAGUAUGAAAAUGAGCUGGCCCUUCACCAAAGCGUUGAGACAGAUGUGAGCAGUUUGCGUAGAGUCCUGGAUGAGCUGACCCUGUGCAGAACCGACCUGGAGAUUCAGCUGGAAACCCUGAGCGAGGAGCUGGCUUACCUCAAGAAGAACCACGAGGAGGAAAUGAAGGCUCUGCAGUGCGCUUCGGGAGGCAACGUGAACGUGGAGAUGAACGCAGCGCCCGGGGUGGACCUCACGGUCCUGCUGAACAACAUGCGGGCUGAGUACGAAGACCUGGCGGAGCAGAACCGCAGGGACGCGGAGGCCUGGUUCAAUGAAAAGAGUGCUUCGCUGCAGCAGCAAAUUUCUGAUGAUGCUGGGGCCACCAUCUCAGCCAGGAACGAACUUACUGAGAUGAAACGCACACUUCAAACCCUGGAGAUUGAAUUUCAGUCCCUCUUGGCAAUGAAACACUCUCUGGAGUGCUCCUUGAUCGAGACCGAAGGCAACUACUGUGCACAGCUGGCCCAGAUCCAGGCGCAGAUCGGAGCCCUGGAGGAGCAGCUGCACCAAGUCAGAACAGAGACUGAGGGCCAGAAACUGGAGUAUGAGCAGCUGCUGGACAUCAAGGUCCACCUGGAGAAAGAAAUCGAGACCUACUGCCGCCUGAUAGAUGGCGACGACGGCUCUUGUUUUAAGUCAAAAGUCUAUGGAGGCCCAGGGAAUCAGAUAAAAGAUUCACCUAAGACCACCAUGGUUAAAACAAUUGUUGAAGAAAUAGAUCCCCGGGGCAAAGUGCUCUCAUCCAGAGUCCACACUGUGGAAGAAAAAAUUACUAAAGUCAACAAUGUAAAGAGUGAGCAGAGAGUGCCUUCCUGAACUCAAAAGAAAAGCCCUUAAUUUUAAGACACCAAAUUGAAGCUUGGUUUUUAAAUGAAGGCCCUGUUAUUUUUCUUUUCUUCAGAUGAAUACAAGCUAUUUUUAGAAUAGUAAUAUUUCUUUGGUUUUUCUCUAUGGUGGUGUUUCAAUAAAGGUUCAUUCUGUUGCAAGUA